GUGAGCUGUUCUUCUCCCCCUCCCCUCUUCGUGGCCUGCUGCUCCUCUCGUCGACUCCAGGGGGCUAUUAAGGGCCGUCCAGCUGCCUCUUCUUCUUCCAUGAGUGGGUAAAGCGGCGUCGAGGAGAAGGAGGAAGAGCGAUUCGUUCUCCGUUGGCUAGUCCAAGAGGGUUCUUGGUCGUGCGGGGCGCUCUGUUCUUUGUCUGCGGUCGGCGGCUGGCAAUGGCGCCGUCGUUUUGGGGCAGGGAGGCGCGGGCCGGCGGCGGGAUGGGCAAUGGGGGCGGCACGCCCGUGGUGGUGAAGAUGGAGAACCCCAACUGGUCGAUUUCGGAGGUGGAGCCCGAGAUGGGGGACACCGGCUCCCCGGCGGGGCUCGCCGCCGGCAAGGCCGGGCGCGGCAAGAACGCGCGCCAGAUCACGUGGGUGCUGCUCCUCAAGGCGCACCGCGCCGCGGGGCGCCUCACGGGGGCCGCCUCGGCCGCGCUCGCCGUCGCCGCCGCCGCGCGCAGGCGGGUGGCGGCGGGGCGGACGGACUCCGACGCCGCGCCCGGGGAGAGCACGGCGCUGCGGACGCGCUCCUACCUCUUCAUCCGGGCCUUCCUCGUGCUCUCCGUGCUGCUGCUCGCCGUCGAGGUCGCCGCCUACCUCCAGGGCUGGCACCUCCAGAUGCCGGAGAUGCCCGCGGGGUUCUCCGCCGAGGACGGCCUCGUCGCCAUCGACGGGCUCUUCGCCGCCGCCUACGCCGGAUGGAUGCGCGUCCGCCUCCAGUACCUCGCGCCGCCGCUGCAGUUCCUCACCAACUCCUGCGUCGUGCUCUUCCUGAUCCAGAGCGUCGACCGCCUCGUCCUCUGCCUCGGCUGCCUCUGGAUCAAGCUCAGGGGCAUCAAGCCAGUGCCCAUCGCCGCCGACAAGGACGACGUCGAGGGCGGCGCCGACGACUUCCCCAUGGUUCUCGUGCAGAUGCCCAUGUGCAACGAGCGAGAGGUCUACCAGCAAUCCAUUGGCGCAAUUUGCAACUUGGACUGGCCAAGGUCAAACUUCUUGGUGCAGGUGUUGGACGAUUCUGACGAUGCUACCACUUCAGCGCUUAUCAAGGAGGAGGUUGAGAAAUGGCAGCGGGAGGGCGUGCACAUAGUAUACCGCCACCGGGUGAUCCGCGAUGGCUACAAGGCUGGGAACCUUAAAUCAGCCAUGAACUGCAGUUAUGUGAAAGACUAUGAAUAUGUUGUUAUCUUUGAUGCCGAUUUCCAGCCACAAGCCGAUUUCCUGAAGCGAGCCAUGCCCCAUUUCAAGGGAAAGGAUGAUGUUGGGUUGGUUCAGGCAAGAUGGUCUUUCGUCAACAAUGAUGAGAACUUGUUGACUAGACUACAGAACAUAAAUCUGUGCUUCCACUUUGAGGUCGAGCAGCAAGUGAAUGGAACAUUCCUCAACUUCUUUGGGUUCAAUGGGACUGCGGGAGUGUGGAGAAUCAAGGCACUUGAGGAUUCCGGUGGGUGGAUGGAGAGGACAACAGUGGAGGACAUGGACAUCGCUGUCCGAGCACAUCUCAAGGGAUGGAAGUUCCUCUACCUGAAUGAUGUUGAGUGUCAAUGUGAGUUACCAGAAUCAUAUGAAGCAUACAGAAAGCAGCAGCACCGGUGGCACUCAGGUCCCAUGCAAUUGUUUAGACUCUGCUUUGUGGACAUCAUCAAAUCUAAGAUUGGAUUCUGGAAGAAGUGCAACCUCAUAUUUCUAUUUUUCCUCCUCCGCAAGCUCAUCUUGCCCUUUUAUUCUUUCACCCUUUUCUGUGUCAUCCUUCCCAUGACAAUGUUUGUUCCUGAAGCUGAGCUUCCUGCAUGGGUUGUAUGCUACAUUCCAGUAACAAUGUCCAUCCUGAGCAUCCUCCCAGCCCCAAAAUCUUUCCCAUUCAUCGUUCCGUACCUUCUCUUUGAGAACACGAUGUCCGUGACCAAGUUCAAUGCCAUGGUUUCUGGCUUGUUCCAGCUCGGCAGUGCCUACGAGUGGGUCGUCACCAAGAAAUCAGGCCGCUCCUCGGAGGGUGAUCUCGUUGCCCUCGUCGAAAAACACUCUGCGCCACAAAGAGUAGGGUCCGCGCCCAAUCUGGAUGCCCUAGCAAAGGAGGAAUCACUCCCAAAGAAGGAUACCAAGAAGAAGCAGAAGCACAACAGGAUCUACAGGAAGGAACUGGCGCUCUCGUUCCUCCUGCUGACAGCAGCUGCUCGCAGCGUGCUCUCUGCCCAGGGCGUCCAUUUCUACUUCCUGCUGUUCCAAGGAAUCUCGUUCUUGGUCAUGGGCCUCGACCUGAUCGGCGAGCAAGUAGAGUGAUGAUGGUACCAAAACGAAGAGUAUAAUGUGGUUAUUUUUCGUCUGAAGAUACUUCGCAAGCAUCAAGGAGCCCUUUGUAAAGGGAGGCAACCGUUUGAUGCUUACAGGAGGAACUCUGAACUGAUCCCUGCCCCUCUGGGGGUCGAGACUAUUCAUGAGAUACAACAACUGAGCUGUGGAGAUGUAGAUAGAUAUAGGCUGGAUCAAAAACCUGUGAGAUGCUUUUAUUCUUUCAGGUCUCAAAUUCUUUUGUAAGAAAAAAAAAUCUUUGGUGCCUAGAUGAUGGGUCCUCUUCCUUCUUGACAGACUUUACCUUCAAAUGAAGAUAAUACUUGUUUUCACUGUGUACUUUUGCCACCAUUAAUUAAUCAUCGAGAUACAUGUUCAUCCUUGUUUUUCUUC